AUGGAACACGUCUACUACCGUGGAACAGAUGACGUGGAUGAAAUAGCAAGAAGGAAUCCAGGAUAUGUCAGAAUAUACGCCAGAAGAAGUGUUACCAGUCUAAAUGGAAUACGAAGAGAGACAAUCAGACUGAUGGAAGGUGGAAGCAACAAGUCAGAUGACAUCCUGUACAUUGUGAGCCAGAAUAAGCACGAGAGCAUCUCUGACUAUUUCCCAGUAGCAAUGAAAGUGGACUAUACGAUGAAUAGUCCAGUAGGAAAGAGAAUCAAACACGAUGCACCUGUUGAAAUCAAGAAGACCAAACAAACCAACAUUCUGAGCUAUUUUGUCAAAAAGCAGUGA